GACGUAGCGCCGCGCGGGCAGCGCGGGGCUGGAGCAGCGGCCAGUGCGUGUCACGGCGCGGGAUCGUCGACUCGCGUUCCACUCGACGGCGCCUUCAGCUCGCGAGUCUAUCGCAGCCUCCGUUUUUUCUUUCCCGUGCACACACGGGCUGCGUGAGCCGCGGUCGUGUUGCCCGUCUCGAGCCGCGUCCGAGCGGGCCCGAGCCCGCUCGCGAGCCUCUUACGACUCUCGGCUUUUGUGCAGUUGUCCUAAAUAACCUGGUGCGCCUGAAAGCCUCUGGGGGAGAAGAGAAACGAGCGCGAGCCGGGGACCGGCGAGGAGGAGCCGUCCGAGCCUCUCCUCGGAUAAAAUUUUCAUUAAAAACACCCUCGACGAGCGCCACGAGGAUUAAACGAAAUAAUCGCCUCUUUCGAUAGGCCAAACGCCGAUUAUUCGCCGCCGGAGUUCACGCGAGACGAGCACUCUCCUCAACUCCUCGGGCCCUUCAAGUCCGGCCAGGAUGCCACCUGUAAUUGGGAGGUGGCAGGCUCACCCGGGCAAAUGAUUACCAGGAGUAUCUACGUCGGAGAUUGAAAGCGCGGGCUGACAGGAGCGGAUGAAUUUGGAAAUAGACUGUGCGGGAUAAAGGAUCGCGGGAGCAGGAGGCGGAGGGCGGUCGAAAUAUUUCGCGUCAGAGACGGUAUCAUCACCCUGCGGCCACAGCGAGAGUAAUUUUCGUUCGGCGAAUGCGGGAGGGAGGAAGGGAGAAGGAGGAAAAAGGGUUGGUCGAGGCGAGCGAGGUCCGGGUGUCCGGGUGUGUUUUCAAGUCCUGAAUGGACGAUGUCAUCCAGGUCGCGGUUUCCAGGGAGGGGGGAGGGGGGCUGAUGCGGAAGCAGGCUCCUGAGAUAGCGACGCGUGUGUAUCAACUAUGAGGAAGGCCAAAUUUAGCGGACUCGGAGAAUAGAGGAGGGGAAAACGUGACCGCGAAGGAGCGAGCGAAAAAGGAAGAAGGAAAGAAAAGCGAGAUACGACAAGGGCGGCGAGGGGGAGGAGAAAAAAGGAAAACGAUGGUCUCGAAGGCGCCGCAUCUUUGGCAAACGAGCUUCAACCUAUACCAGUGGCUCAUGAUCGUCGUCCACGGUUAUCGGGCGACCGCUGUCGUUCUCUCGUUGCUACUCAACAUCGUCGUGCAAACUGACUACCCGACGGCCGUUACUGCCGAGAUGGUGAGAGCGAACGUCAAUUCAGUGGAUCAGAGCUCCAAGCCCGUGGACGUUGAUUUACCGCCGACCCUGCCGAUGACUUUCGGUACGGAAAAUUCAAGUCGCGUCUCUGCACAGUCCGGCUCAACUGCUGUUCUCCCAUGUGUCGUCCACAAUAUUGGUGAAGGAACGGUAUCAUGGAUAAAGAGAAAAGGCAUAAAACAAUUAUUGACCGUUGGUCUAGCGACGUAUGCGAGCGACGAGCGCUUCCAGGCGAUACACUUUCAUCACAGCGAGGAUUGGAGCCUGCAGAUAAAGUACGUACAGCCGAGGGACGGCGGCAUGUACGAGUGCCAAGUGUCGAGCCAUCCACCGACCAGUAUAUUUCUCUUUCUCGAGGUCGUAGAAGCCCGAGCUGUGAUUUCCGGAUCAGCGGAGAGGGUCGUGCGCCCCGGUAGUACGUUGCAGCUGCACUGCCUCGUUGAAAAGUCGACCGAGACGCCGUCCUACAUCUUCUGGUACCACAACUUCCGUAUGAUCAAUUACGACGUUGAUCAGGGUGUCAAUGUAAGUACGGAUUUGAUUGCUCGCGAGAGCUGGCUCGAAGUACCGCGAGCGAGGUUCCGCCACUCCGGUAAUUACACGUGCGAGUCGAGCAACGCAUCGCCAGGACGGGCGUACGUCCACAUAUUCGACGGUGAAAAUCCAGCCGCGAUGCAGCACAGCAACGCCCUGUCCUCCAGAGUGGUCGAUCAUCCAGUCAAAAUUACAAUCUUCCUUGGAUUACUAAUCACUUUAUCAAGCUUCAUUAUCUCGACGAGGACGUCGGAGAAGAUGGAAGCGACGAUUACGAGGACGGCGAGGAGUGCGUCGUCGAAGCUCAAACUGAUCGGGAACUCGCAGCACACAGGACACGCGAACGUAUGUUAGAAACUCCUCCACUUGUUUCUAUAUGUUCGUCCGUGAGCUUCUUCCUCUGUGCGUGCGUGUGUCUGUGUGACGUAUUUCCGCGCGUGUGAGUGCGCGUGUGUGCGCGCGAGUGCGGCUGUCACUCAAUAAUAUUGGUUAGGAAGUUACCGAAGCAGAUACCGUUAACUGAUUUGUGUGGUAAAGACGUUUACUUGGGAACGACGACAUGAAAGCUGUGUAAUGAUAUAUUGGUGCAGGGUGAGCCAAUAACUACGAGGACGUCAAGUAACUCUGCAAAUUUUCUUUCUCAAUGAUUUUUCGCGGUGAAUUUUACAAUUUUUUCCAACUCGUUUCACCUGCGUCAAUCGCUACGAUCGAAAAAGAGGAUGAAACGUUGUUCGAAAAACUUGAGAGCACUUCAGACUCCCGGAGAUUUUGACCUUUGGGCUUGCUCGAUCUCUGGACCGGAAGUGACAUUUUCUCCUCAUAUUUGGUAGCUGUUGGCGAGUUUCAAUUUUCAACAUGUUCACUGACUUCGUAUUUAUUUAUUCACCCUCAAUUUAUCCAUACCGAUCUAGUCUAUUUAUAGUCUAUGUAUAGAAAUAUAAUUACGAUUAUAAGAUUAUACGAUAGCGAUAAUGUUGGAGCACAUGGAAAAAAAAACACUUUUGUAAAAUAUUGUUUCUAUCGAUGUUUAUAGUUUCGUCGAGAUGUUGCGCAGGUCGAGAGCAUUUGGACGUUCGAACGAAACGCUGCGACGUUUUUUCCGAACGUUGCGUCCUCGGGAACCUGCUGUUUUUUUUUUUAGGAACAUUUUUUUCGUUCAAUCGUCGUUCUUGAAACGAUCGAAUCCGCUCGGACACGUGAUCCGUCAUGGGAGCGCACUCAGUUCAUAUUUUCAUCAGUUUUGUAUCGCAACACUUACUCAAUGUUUAAAUGUCGCUCACUCACCUGUUGAAAUUUGAAAAAAAAAAAGAAAAACAAAAAAAAACAAUAAAAAUAAAAAUUUAUCGAAAUGAGGUGAAUAAUUGCAUGACGCGUGUGUGCAAAUAUGCGAAAUCUUCGAUAUCACAGGUUUCGUUCUCUUCGUAGAUCUUUUCGGAAUCUCGAUAGAAAUUGAUUAAUAUCCUCCUACGAAAAUGAAUGUAAAUUAAUAGUUCGGGGCUCGUACGCACGCGCGUUAUUCGCUAAGCAAUUUCUGCACUUCCCCCCCCCCCCUGCCCCUGCACCUCGUCGACCUCUUAGGCGAGUAUGAUUAUUGAUGCGUACGCUUGCAUUGUGUCGUUGCACGUUCUCCGUUUCAGGACGACGGUUUCCCUUUAUUUGCAGCGAGAAAUUUCACGUUACAGUUCCAUUCGUACCGUUUACUUCGUACGUGCUUUUAUUCAUAUUUGAAAAUGUUACGUUCCGUUGAGAACGAACUGAGCGCAUGAAAGUAUCGGAAAAAAAUGUAUUUUUUUGUAUGAAAAUUGAAAAAUUCUCCUCUCCGAAGCGUAGCGAGAAUGAUGUUUGAAUUUCCGACCGACGAUAUUCCAGGCAGACCUGAAAAAAACCUCGAUUAACACAGAAAUUUUUCUCCCAAUUAGACAACUCGGCCAAUCAGUUAACUCGGCUUACACUAGAUGUGUUAAAAAACAAGGGGAAUUAUAGAAACGAGUGAAGUUUCCAAAUACCGAGAGAAAACGCGCUAUUAUCGCUCGACGUUACUGAUCCCCAAUUUAGUUGGUUUGUUCGGUGUACGAAAGAGUCGGGAGAUACGAGAGAAAAAGCGAGAAGUUGUUAUCGGCCAAAUAACAGAUCCUGCUCGGCGGGCCGGGCACCGAGUUUCUUUUCGCCUACUUUAUCGCCGGGAAUGUCUCGGUACACUGCACGACGAAUUUAUUCAAAUAGCAUCGGUCGUAAACUCGGUGAAUUUCGGGGUUAAGAACCUCGAAGCAGCCUCAUUAUUUGGGCUCCUUUUUGCUCACGUCUCAUUAGCGACUCUUCUAUUUUCAAUUGCGUUUUGUCCACGAGUCCUCGAUGCUUUUUCUCCCUCACUAAUUCUCGGCAAAGUACAUUGCCAACAUAACCGAGUUUACACGACUUUUUUAAAGCUCGAUUCGCUCAACUGCCGCUCGCAAUAUUCCUUCGGCAGCAAAAUCGUUCGGGAACAUCGUGAUUUUGGCGAGGAUAACGAGGUUAUCUUCGCACCAACAUUCUCGAGGUGUUUUGUAUCGAUUUUCGUUUAAUUUCCGAGCCCGGUAAAGAGUACGGAGCCGCGGAAGCUCAUUAAAGGCUUGCCGUGUAACGAGCUUUACAUCGACUUUUUAUUAGACUUCAUUUGCGUUUUGAUAUUUUGUCGAGAAAGCCGGUGGCGUGCGGCGGUGCGCAGCGUAUGGGUAAAUAACCAGGCGCCGACGUGUGUUGUCUCGGGAAGGUUUGCGGGCACGUAGAAUCUCGGAAAUGUAUUAGAAAAUAUAAGCGAGCGCGGGCGAGCCUUUAUCGAGCGCGUUUAAAUUGCUAGCCGUGCUGCGUUGUAGCGACGAGGAUAUGCUGGCGCGCGCGGUGGUUGAGCGAUGCGAGAUCGCGCAAGGGGCUAAAAGCACCGCAGGAGCAAAAAUUAAUUAUCCGGUAAAAGUGGCGGCGAGAUAAAUAGUGCGGAGGAGGCUGCGAGCAGGGCCAAGGUGGGGUCGAAAGGAGACGCGUUGGUGCCACAAAGGGGGAUUGUGCUCUGCGAAAGGGGUCAGAGCAGGGUGGGCGCGCGAGCGAUAUGGAGAGCGAAUCGCUCGUGGGUGCGAUCAGUGUGCGCGAGAAGAAGCGUUACGAGGGCGCCACAAACAUCGAAAGAGCAGCUUCUCAUCAGCGUUUCGUUCAUCGCAUAAAAAACUUAUGCGUCACUCGUUCGUGUCAUUUGUCUGAUGGCGAAAGCGAGGCAGACACUGUAAAACAAAUGGAUCCUCCGUAGGAGUAAACGCGGUGAACGCAGAGCCAAUAAAUUCCGAGGCUACGAGAACGAUAUGAAAAAGAUAAAGCCAGUGGCGGUACGGAUGAAUCUGAGCUUUUUCAAAUAUUGGCUCCCGUCUCUUUCCCCACUACGAGCUCUCGACUUUCAUACUUGCUUCUUAUCCCCUCAGAAUACUUUUCCUCCCCUCGUCGCUGUUAGCUUUCGAGCCGAGUCGCAGUCGCGGUGCGUGAAACGUUUUUUCCUCCUUUUUCUUCGCUUUCAAUGAUCUUUUUACUCUCAUUCUUCAGAUAAAGUUCGCCUCCACAUUUUCAUCUCAAUCAUCCCACCGGACCAUAUCUGCAAACUAGAUGUAGAAAAAAGUUGACGGGAUAUGUGCGCGAGUGAGAGCAGAACGCGAAUGAGAAUAAGGUCGGUAUAAAUUCUACUUGAAGAGAUAAAACGCGGAUAAUACGAAUAACCGGAGAAAGAAAAUACGAGAUUGCUCAAAACGACGCGUUCAUUGCAUACGCGUUUAAGUAGAAUAAGGUACGCGACGUAAGCCGGAUGAUCAUUCGGACUGUGAUACGCCGAAAGAUAAUGUAACUUUGUCUUCGUACCGAUUGUCGUGUUUAUAAUUUCAUAACUAUAACUAAUCGAGACCUUUGUAAACAUAGAAAAAUCACAGAAAAAAUACGAUAUCGAUGAAACAGUCGAACAAAAUAGUCGAGAUCGCUGGACGCGAAGUAUGAUUUCACUUCGCCAACGAAAAUAGAAGGAUCGGGUCCCGGACACUAGUUCCCGUCAAUCGAGUCAAUAUUGACAUAUUAAUGAAAAAUUUUGUCGAUAAUAUUGACGAAAUUAACAACGAAAAUCGAAAGAAACUCGAUUAGUUUGAAGGCAUUUGGGUCUUCUUCUCUUUACCCUCUCGGACUCGCUUCCAGGCCCCAGAAAACUGCAUCGGUCACUGAGCUCGAGGUUCUAACUGCUUUAACCCAUCGAAAUAUCAAUAUGAAUCCGCGGCGCUUCGUGUUGGGUCGGCGCUGCGUGUGAAAACGCCUUUCAGUUAUCGCAAAAGCAAAGCGAGUACAAAUUUCGUUUCCGUACUUCGCAGCGAACUUUCAGAAAUUCGUAUUUCCCACCAAAAAAACUGAAAUGUCACGAUGGCUUCGUAAACUAGAAAGUAUUUUGAAAUAAAACAAUGAAAGGCGUAAUUUUGCUUCAACGCGGAAAUAGGCCUCGCGUGGAGAACAGAACCGACAUUGGAACCUAAAAACCGAAAUGCUGGACAAGAUAGUACAGAAAAAAGUGCGCGAAUAAAUAGUGUAUUAACUGUUUUUUGACUGUUCGGUGAGCUUAGCCACCGAAAACGGUGUUUUUCAUGUGCGCACGUUCGUCGAUAAUCCCACAGGGAUGUAAGUGUACGCGCGUGUACGAAGGUGAGAAAGGAUGUGAGCUAGAGAUAAAGGGAGGGGGCGAGCAGGUCUCGUCGCGGCUGGAAAGGAAUCUCUUUUGCGUGAAUGGUUUGCCGAGCGAGUAUAUAUGUACGUUUCGAUUCUGUUUAUCCUCAAAUCGAGUUAGAAGCGGGCGUGUGGAAGUGGGAAUAUGUGGGAGGAGGCGAUGAUAUUGGAAGAAAUGGAUCCCCGUGUGCGGGGAAGCUUUCUCGCUCGAAAUUCCUUCGAAAUCCUCACUAAUUUCGCUCGCAGCUUCGAUUUUUUUCUCUCUCUUUUCGGCCCUCAAUCCCGCGUGGAGGGAGAGGACGUAAUUAUUCCGUGAGGAGAGCUCGAGUGCGGUAAAAGCUUUCGUAGCUGGGAGGGCGAACGAGCCAACUUUGUACAGGGGCUUUCACAGUGAGGCUGGACGCGUACGUGUGCGCGCGGAACGCCGGGCACACACGAAUCCGCAGACACGCGUGUACAUAUGUGAUUAACCGGCGCUUGUCUCGUUUCGAUUCUGGCAGGCUCCUCGUUCCGUUGUGUAUCUUGGGUUGGAGAAGAGACGAUGGGAGAGAAGGAUUUCUGAGUCUAAAGUGCGCCACCUGAUGUCGAGCUCGAGGAGAAGGUAGCGCGGGGCAGACUCGCGCAGAUCCGCACGUUCAAAGCACACGGUCGAGGCGCACACGUGCGCUGGCAGAGGCAAACACGAGCAAAUGUACGAGCGAGGAGGAAAGCUCGAUACGCUACUGGCGAUUAAUUCAAUUGGUUGAAUUUCCGCGCGAUUCACGGCUUGAUUAAACUCUCGGAGAUCGAGCGAUGGAUACCUCUACAAAUGGAGGCUGUGUACGUGAAUUCCUCUGUGUAAAGGAGGAUCGUUCCGUGUGCGUCGGGCCAUUGCUCUGGGCCUAAAUGAAAGAGGAAUUUCCGUGAUGCGAGGACCGCUGGGUGGGCUGCGAGAGAGUCGAGUUGCUCGAGCGAUAUAGAGGGCGUGCGAGGCUGAGCGGUCACGCGUACUUUUACCCUGGGGUUGCCAGAGCUGCGAUAAACAUUUCCUCUCGCCGUGGGAAAGCGCUUCGCGACGAGUCAUCACGUUUGCGAGUCACCGCGGGGUUUUUUCGCGUCCGUGCGCGCAGAGAUUAAAUUUCCCACGAAAAAGUCAUCCGCAGCGCUUUUAUUUCACUGCUGAUCGACUUUUUCGGAGCGCUUUUAUAAAAACGAGCUCUCAAUAUCCACAGCGCUAGUUUAACCUGAGCAUUGAAUUCGCGCGUCGUCGCGACCUUUUCCCGGCAAAAUUUAACCUUCCCCGACAUUCCGCACCACUUUUCCUUUAUUUCGUAGCGUUCCGUACAGCCCAACGAUGAAAGUGCGAGUUAUGCCGCCGGCCGUAAUAAUCGACGAUCCAUCAAGCGCGCGGGGCCGUUUAAUCAGAAGAAAACCUAAAAACUUUCGAUAUACUCUCCGUUAAACUUAGAACCUCGUAACAUUAAUCAUUCGAGCUCCCAAAGAGCCUCUGCACCUCUCAAUCCCCUGUACAUAUGUACCAUUAAAUAAUACGUAUACGAGAAAGCACGCACGCCCCAACGAGUCGGAAUACCUCUCGCGAUGCUUCCCAGCCCAGAUAUCGAGUGCUGCCCAACAAAGGGGCGCACCUUGUCCGCGAUUAAACAGAUCGUAAUAUUUGUUUUAUGUCAUUUUUGUAUAUAUGUAUCGAGAAUAUAUAAUACAUACAUGUGCAAACGAUCAUCUAACCUCGUACUCUGUUAGGAGAGGUGAAUCUAUAAACCUCCUGGUGCGACGACGAUUAAUGAGGCCAUGUGAGCAUUACAGCCCCUCCUGCCCCCUCCCACGAGUACGACCCCGUCGGUUAGUACCUAUGUAAAGUUCGUUACCGCCAUUCUGAUGAACGACGAAUUUUCCGAACACACACACAAACACGCGAACACUCGCGUACGCACACACGUCCACGAACGUAUGUACAUAUAGGGAUGUCUUUUAUUUCGCUCAUUUAAGCUGCUAUAUAUAGACCGCCCCGUUAAUCCAUUGUUGUGUAUUACACUCUCCCGAGCCUUCUCCCGCGAACACGAAGGAAAUCUCGCACUUUGAUCACUAGCCUCCUCACCUCACACCUUCCUUCUAACCCUCAAACUAGAUCGCACACCUAGCUCUCUAGACUUUUCGCAAGCAAACCGUUCGUCGUGCUUCUCGAUUUGUAGAAUCCGCUAGUAUUAAGCACUGUAUAUAUAUAUACUAUACACACACAUUGUAUAUUUGAUGAUGAAUAUUGUAAUAAUUAUUGAAAAUAAAGCGAUAAAGAAUCAAUGGGAA